CUACAAUUGAGUCACCACUAGCUAGCUAGUUUUAUAUAUAUUACCCCUCUACUCCUCAAUUGUUCCCAUAUCAUACCAUUUCUCUUCUCUCCCGAUCAAUCUUCCUCUAUAGAAUUCCUUUGAUGAUGGAAUCCAAGCUCCUCCACAUCCUAGCUCUUCUCGCCGUAGGGCUGGUAGCAUGUGAAGCUGCUUCUUCACCAGAGCUAUACUGGAAGUCAAAAUUGCCUAGCACCCCCAUGCCCCAAGCCAUUAGGGACAUUCUUCAUCCUGAUCUUUUGGAGGAAAAGAGUACUGCAGUUGGUGUUGGGAAAGGCGGGGUUGGGGUUAACACCGGAAAGCCCGGCAAGAGGACUAAUGUCGGGGUUGGCAAAGGAGGAGUCACUGUCGCAACGGGCAGCCGCAAGGGUAAGCCAGUAUAUGUUGGAGUGAAGCCAGGACCAGACCCGUUCGUCUACCGAUAUGCGGCUUCAGAGACCCAGGUCCAGGGUGACCCUAACGUGGCCAAGUUCUUCCUAGAGAAGGACUUAACCAAGGGCAAGACCAUGACCCUGCACUUCAUCAAGAGCACGAAUCAAGCCGCUUUCCUGCCCCGACAGUUUGCGGGAUCGAUGCCCUUCUCAUCGAAGAACUUGCCGGAGGCCCUCAACAAGUUCUCAGUCAAGCCCGGUUCGGUCGAGGCUGAACUCAUGGCGACCACGAUAAAGGAGUGCGAGGAGCCUGGGAUCAAGGGUGAGGAGAAAUACUGUGCAACAUCGUUGGAAUCUAUGGUAGAUUAUGCAGAAUACCAGCUCGGGAAAAAUCUGCGUGCAAUCUCGACGGAAAUUAAGAAAGAAACCGAAAGACAGAAAUAUAAAAUAGAGGAAGAUGUGAAGAAGAUAAUGGCAGAUGGAUCAAAAUAUGUGGUUUGUCACAAGCAAAACUAUCCCUAUGCUGUGUUCUAUUGCCACAAGACGAAGAACACAAAGGCAUAUGUGGUGACCCUUAAGAGAGAGAAUGGUAGUGAGGUUAAGGCCGUCGCUGUUUGCCACACCAAUACAUCGAAAUGGAACCCUAAGCAUUUGGCCUUCCGAGUGCUCGGGGUCAAGCCUGGGGCUGUCCCCAUCUGCCAUUUCCUCCCCCAGGAUCACAUCGUGUGGUACAGCAACUGAAUUACUGAUUGGGCAUAUGCGUACUAGACUUCGUUGGUCAGGCCAGAUUGGGGCUUCCCUGUCCUGCAUAAUGUUUAAUUUCGGUUAUAGAUACAUAAUUUUUACAUUACAUGUACGAUUAUAAAGCUUACCACUAUAUGUUGUGUUGUGUCGUAUUAAAAGCAAAACGUUAUGUAAUACUAUUUAUAUAUAUGUGCAUGGUUUCUUCUGCGUUCAAUUCCAA